AAUAUUCUACCUUAAUGCAUCAUGAAUGUAUAAUUAUAACUUGUAGACAUGAUAUGGCUGACAUACUCCCGAUGUAACUAUUGUUCAAAACUCACUCUGUUUGCUUGUAGGUUUGGAUCCAAGCCUGUAGCUAUGCACUGCAUUCACUGGGUAUUGCCAAUGGAUGUAUUAUUACCAUGUCUGGUCGCAACAGAAUGGACAACAACUGCCUUAAAAAUGCAGUAAUGCUUUGCUUGGUUGAUUCCCUCUCAGCUGUUAUAACUGGAUUUGCUUUCUUCACAAUCGUCGGCCACAUUGCCUACAUGCGUGGAGUUAGCGUGGAUGCUUUAGAAUCAUCAGGUUACAACCUUGCCUUCAUCGUUUACCCAGAGAUGCUGGCUUCUCUCCCUUUUCCCCAAUCGUGGUCGGUCUUGACGUUUGCCACACUGAUGAUGUUGGGAAUAGACACUAUGGUACCAGGAACUGAAGGCAUCGCGGCAGCCUUAGAAGACUUGUUUACCCAAUGGUUUAAGAAGCGCCUAUUCUUCACAUGUGCAGUUCUUCUUAGCACUUUUCUUUUUGCUCUCAUAUUUGUAUCACAGGGUGGAAUAUAUGUGGUGACACUGGUUGACUGGUAUGCCUACUUUCCCUCCACGGCCUUGAUUGCAAUGCUGGAAUGCAUCGUUGUUGGGUGGUUCUAUGGUACAGAGAGGCUUCAGACGAUUGUCAGUGUAAUGUGGAAACAGAAGAUGCCUUUGUUCAUGGUCAUUAAUCUGAAGUUCGUUUGUCCACUACUUCUGCUCGUCACAUUCUCCUACUCCUUGUACUCCUACCGGCCUCCGAAAUAUGAGGACUACAUAUACCCUCCCUGGGCUGCAGGUGUUGGGUGGAUGAUAUCACUGGCCUCAAUACUGCCGAUUCCUAUCAUUUGGCUGUGGACGGUUCUCAAAAGAAAUGAAACUACACUGAAAGAGAAAAUUAAAAGAUCUUUGGAGCCCAAUGGAUACUGGUCUGGUCCUACUGGAACAGACGUAACCCUACAACCUAUGUCAGGACAUGGACUUGUCUGAAUCUGAUAAGAAGAGGCAUAUGUUAAUGUUAGAAUUUGACCAUCGUAUGAAACCAAUGAUUGCGUUUCGUAUCGAACAGCUAAUUCCCUUCCUGAAUUAUCCAACUGUACUUGAGAUAAAGGAAGCCAGUGAGAUCCUUUCAUGUCUUUUCUCAAAUAUAUCUUAAUGUUUAUACUUUAAAACAUCGUUUUGCUGAUGUUCAUAGCCAUAUGAAUUUAUCAGAUUUGAAAGAUACAAUACUUCUAUACUCUGACGUCCAUUUAAUUGUAAAGUGCGUCUUGUGUUACAAGCAUCUGUACAGUUUGUCUUAUACAUAUAUGGUAUAAGCUAGAUACUUUAUGAUUUCAUGGGUUGGUGACUUAAAAAACCUAAUGUAAGCUGAUUGAGACAUGUUUACACUGUGUAUGUUUAGUAAUCCCUUGUUUGUAUAUAGCAAGUACAGAUAUUUAUUCGCAGGAAGGCGACUUGUUGCGUGUAGAAACAUGGGCCGUUUUUCGUUUUCGCCUUCGUAUAAAUACACUAAUGCACCUAUUGGUGAGAGAACGUGUGUUUAUUGUAAGGAUGGAGUUGAGGAUGAAGUCCAUGUCUUACUACACUGUCCCCUUUAUAAUGAUAUUCGUGUUACUCUUUUAAGCAAGUUAUAGGAUUAUUACUAAUAGUAUACUUUCAAUGAUUCUACAGAUAUACAGAAGGUUAGUUUCAUCUUAGCCAAUCCGGAUGUUCUAUUUUAUACUGCCAAAACCUGCAAGCUUUUAUUGCAAAAGCGGAAACACGUUUUAUAUGGUAAUCGGUAAUGGUACUUUUUAUAUUGUGUAAGUAUAUGUAUAUGUCAUGAUAUUUUAAUAGUAUAUUUUGA